UAAGCAUUAUAUUUCCCAUCCGAGUGCGAUUAUUGGUGCCAAGAUCUCCCUGGCCGUUCCCUCUCGGCCACUUGCUGAGCACAACCUUUUCUCUCUCUCACUCUCUUGCUUCUGCUUUUACUUUUACUCUUACUUUUACUUUUCGCCCGCGCUUUUCCACCUUUCUCUCUUCCGAUUCUCUCUCUCCUGUCCCUUUCGGUUUCCCAAGAGCCACUUUCGCCAUCAUGUCGAAGCUCUUCGUUCACGGCCUUUCGUGGCAUACCAACGAUGAUACUCUCCGUGAGGGAUUCCAGCAGUUUGGCGAGAUCCAGGAAGCUAUCGUCGUCAAGGAUCGCGCAACUCUGCGCAGUCGUGGAUUCGGCUUCGUGCGCUUUGCGACUGAUGAGGAGGCCGAUGCCGCCCUCAGCGCGAUGAACAACCAGGAGUUCGACGGUCGCGUCAUCCGUGUCGAUAAGGCCUUUGACCGCCCCAGCCGCCCCGAUGGUGGCUUCCAGGGUCGCGGUGGGUACAACCAGCAGCCCGGUAAUGGAUACCAGGGCGGCGGCGGUGGCUUCGGUGGUAACGGUGGCGGUUAUAACCGUGGAGGAUAUGGCGGCGGCUAUCAGCAGCAACAGCAGCAGCCCUACGGUGGAAAUGGUGGUAACGGCGGUAACGGUGGUUACGGCGGCAACUAUGGCGGCGGUUAUGGUGGCGGUGCCAAUGCUGGCUACGGCGGCGGUGGUGGCUGGCGAAACAACCAGCAGGCCCCAGCUCCCGAGGGCAACUAAAGUUCCAUGACCAGACGCUCGGCAUACCCCCUCUCUUUUUGACGUCUUUUACUUGUUUUUUCCUACACACGCAAAACUUGCUUACGGCUGUUUUCUUUGAAACGAAGGGAGUGACGAAUUGGAAUUUGACCGGAUCGGGAUAUCAAUGCGAUGCGGCGAGAACUGGGUUUUAUGACUUUUUUUUUUGAAGCGGAACACGCAACGGGAUCCUCGUUCUAAUCUUUUUGUCCCCUUUUAUGCUUCCUCCUUUCAAUUUCAUACUAUGCGUGCAAUGAGGCACCGUGAAUCUCUUCUUUUCGAGGCUGUAUGGGUAAAUACCGAUGGGGGUUGUUUCCGUAUCCUUGAGUUUGGUUCAUGAGAUGUCGUCUAUGAGUCUAGGACUAUGGAUUUCUUUUCUAUGAUGCCCUUCUUUGGAACGCUUACGGUCCAUCUUGCAUGCUCUUCCUCUGUAUUCUCAUGGGAUAUGAUGCUUGUUUCAGUAUUGAAGAAGGAGGACUUUCUGAAUUGAGGUCAAGAAUGGUACAGUCUGCGUGACCGACAGCUAAGCCUGGAUUUGCACACGAAAUUCCUGUUUUGAGCCGGCCAGCUACGAGUACUCUGUCACAUUAUUUACGAUUCAACCUCUCUGCACAAGUCAUUGUUCUUGUCUAUAUCUAUCCCUUCCAUUCUAUGCUGCUGCGACCGACCAGAACCGAUUCCACAAGACCGGGGAGAGCAGUCCAUCGGUCUCAUUCAAUCUUAUCCCCAUGCACAUGCUCGGCUGGCGACCGCGCUAAAUACUCCUUCAGCUCCUGCUCCGCCUCUUGCUCCUCCCGAUCCGCCAAACCAGCUUCUUCAAUAGCCUUGACCCUCUUCACCAGAUCAGUAACAUGCACAUCCGCAGUCCCGAGUCCAAGGCCCUCCAACGCCUUCUCCAACAAGUACAGAUACUCAGUAUUCUUGCCACUCAGUCCAUGUCCCGCGCUGAUUACCUGUGCAACAUCCUGCGGCUCACGCCGUUCAGACUCGCGCAAGAACUGCGGGUUCGUCGGCCGUCCGAUAUACACCAUAGUAGUAAUCGGCGUGGCAUGAUCGGCAUUCUCCUGCGGGUCUGCCGACGGCCCUGAUGUAGGGUGAAAGGGCGUAAAGUGUACACUGUAGCCGUCGAUCUCUCGCUCGUCGAGGUAAUCGUGGACUUCCUCGGCGUGCGAGGCUGGGAUGUGAUACGCCGCACCCCAGACUUUGCCCGUCGACGCAGAUUCUGUUUCCAGGCCUGCCAGCUGUUUCGGCCAGGAACGG